UCGGGAGAGACCCGCUGCGUCGGGCCGCUCCAGCUCGGGGAGUUAUAAGGAGGACUUGUGGAGAGAUGCAAGUACAGUAUAGAUGCUAUGCUGGCUAAAGGGGAAAGCAUGGCAAAUCCGUCUCCAUGUGCAGCUAAUGCAGCGCCUCAGAAUCCGCGCAAAGCGUCUGCAUUGGUAGAAAAUAAAACCACACAGUGCUCAUUUUCCAUCGAAAAUAUUUUGGGACUGGAGAAGAAAAAAGAUGGCAUUCCAGCUGUGAAACCUGUGAGACCAUGGAUAGAUGCAUGCACCGGCUUGGUUUUAGGUGAUGACAGUAAUCCCCACCUGCAAAUCCCUGUUGUUUGCUAUGAAAAUCCAUUAUUUCAUGCUAACAGUAAUCCAGUGCAAGAAGAAAAAGUCUUGAAAUGUGAAAAAUACUUUUCAGUCACUGAAAGGCUAUCAUUCAAACGAGAACUGAGCUGGUACAGGGGUAGAAGACCAAGAACUGCAUUCACUAGAAACCAGAUUGAAGUCUUGGAAAAUGUUUUCAAAAUGAACUCCUACCCUGGCAUUGAUAUUAGAGAAGAGCUCGCUCGCAAAUUAGAGUUAGAUGAAGACAGGAUCCAGAUCUGGUUCCAGAACCGUCGCGCAAAGCUGAAAAGAUCCCACCGAGAAUCUCAGUUUCUAAUGGUUAAAAAUACUUUCACCUCCAGCCUGCUUGAGUAAAAAGGAUGAUUUUGCUGUUAUGGCACUGCAAUAGAAUAUGAAGAAGUAUUGGAAUUUUUGUAACUUUCAUUAAAUACUGAUGAUA